CGGUUUCGAAAACGGCGGCCAAUGCGUCUCCUCAAACCGAGAAACCUACCCACUAUACUGCAGCUGGCGUACCACACUGUUAUGCAGUACGUCAGCAGGCUCUCGACAGCCGAGUGAUAGAAGGUCACCAUCAGCUGCCUCUCCAGUCUGUUCUUCCUCAGCACCCUCAGGAAGUGGAGUCUCCGCUGGGCCUUCCGGAUGACCGCAGUUGUAUUUUGGGUCCAGGAGAGCUACUUGAAGGAGUUUAGGACUGAGCAGUGCCCGUUGUUCCUGCAGCACAAGUGCACGCAGCACAGACCGUUUACGUGUUUCCACUGGCACUUUCUCAACCAGAGGAGGCGGAGACCCAUCAGGAGGAGAGACGGAACUUUUAACUACAGCCCCGACGUCUACUGCACCAAGUACGACGAGACCACCGGCAUCUGUCCCGAUGGAGACGAUUGUCCUUAUUUACACCGCACUACGGGCGACACUGAGCGCAAAUACCACCUCCGCUACUACAAGACGGGUACUUGCAUCCACGAGACGGACGCCCGGGGUCACUGCGUGAAGAACGGCCUCCACUGUGCAUUCGCUCACGGCCCGAUUGAUCUCCGGCCUCCCGUGUACGAUAGCAGAGAGAUCCAAGCACAAGAGGCUCUCCAUAACGGACAGCUGGGCUCCGGUGAAGGUAUUCCUGACCUCCAGCCCGGCGUGUUAGCCAGCCAAGCCAUGAUCGAGAAAACCCUGACCGAAGACCCCAGGUGGCAAGACACAAACUUUGUUUUAGCUAACUAUAAAACCGAGCAGUGCACCAAGCCGCCCAGACUUUGCCGACAGGGCUACGCUUGCCCGCACUACCACAACAGCCGAGACCGCAGACGCAAUCCACGAAAGCACAAGUACAGGUCAACUCCGUGUCCCAACGUGAAGCACGGCGACGAAUGGGGCGAGCCCUCCAAGUGCGACAGUGGCGACACCUGCCAGUAUUGUCACUCGCGCACGGAGCAGCAGUUCCAUCCAGAGAUCUACAAGUCCACAAAAUGCAACGACAUGCGGCAAACAGGCUACUGCCCCAGAGGGCCCUUUUGUGCGUUUGCACACGUAGAAAGGAUACCGCCCAGCGAGGAAACCAUGAACUCGUUGCUGACAGUGAUACAGUCCAGCUCGCAGCCCCUGGUCGGCUCUCAGCACUAUCCUGAGUGUCCGGUGGGCGAGUGGGCGAGUGGAUGCUCCAACAGCAGCAACGGCCAAGUGACACAGAACAGUGUUUUCUCUGCAGUGAACACUCUAGCCUCCAGCUUCACCUCCAGCAUCACAUCCAGUCUGGCCUCCAGCAUUGGCUCGGACAGUUCCUCCCCCACCACCUUGUCCACCAUGAACGCCAAGGCCACGCCCUUCUACCCAGGGAGCAACACAGUGGAGUCGGUCAUAGGAUCCGCUCUGGACCUCAACUUUUGCGAUAUUAACGUGGCAUCUCUCGACAAGGAGCUAGAAGAACAAGACAACCACGUCGCACUGGAAAGUCAAAGGGUGCUCGGCGGCUCGGCCCCCGUCAACAUCCCUGGAUCGCUGGCGCGCUCGUCCUCCUUCAAUUCCUCCUCAUCACUGUCCACCUCCCCGCUGAGCUCCCUGUCCCAGUCCCUGUCGCAGUCCUUGCUGUCCGGUGCGGUGACGCAGCAAAACCACGGCGCUAGCAUGUUAGCCAAGCAAGACCAUGGCCUGCUUGGAACACCCACGUCCUCUUCACAGAACUCCUUAGGCUUAAACGGCGCGAGCAACAUUUGGGACUUUGUGAGCGGCAGCUUCUCGCCGAGUCCCUCGCCGGUCUUCAGCAGUCUGACAUCGGCGAGCAGCGGCGGCGACGUGGCGCGUCUGUUCCGGGAACUGGACGAGGCCAAGAGGAAGAUUAAGCAAUGGGAGGACGCCUGGCACCAGAUCAAACAGGCGUGCGAAGCCUGCCAGAAAGACGCCCGCGAAGCGAAGGAACAAGCCAAGACGGCGGAGGCGGAGCGGCAGCUGGCCGAGCAGAAGCGGGAGGAGACGGAGCGCAAUCUGAAAGAGCUCAGGCGGGACUUUGACGGGCUUUGCCGCGGCCCGGGAACGCCGCUCCUCCGCAGCUACGGCGAGCUGGACCAGCUGCCUCUGUCCAAGCUGCACUCGCUUAAGAACCAGCUGCGCAACGACCUCGACCUUAUAGACGGGGUAAUAUAUCAGCUUCAAUCAAAGAAAUGUGUAGUUUGCCAAAAGCAUGACCGAUGCAUUGUGCUGCAGCCUUGCCAACAUUAUGUUCUAUGUGAGAGCUGUGCACCCGGCAAAGCAGAAUGUCCGUACUGUCGAACAAAAAUACUCAAGUGGUGAUGUCCCGCCAACGCAAAGGUACUAUGUAAAGAAUUUAGCCUAUUUUUGAGUCGGGGGGGAGGGGAACUAAUAGAUAUCAAAUUUUUGUAUAUUUCAUACAGGUGUUGCAUUAACGUGGAAUGAAAUGAUGUUUGACUUGUAUACAUAUAUAAAACAAACAGAACCAAGCGAGGGACAUUUCGAUGUUUAGUUUUUGCUCAUUUUAGCCGCAGAUUAUAAGAUGACAGAUUUCACUCGAAUUAUAAAAAUUACCCUUUUCAAGGUAAAGUAAUAUAUUUUAUUGUAUGUUCUACAGGAAGUUUUCAGACUGAUGUGGGGAUCUCCUUUAACGAAUGCACUUAGUGACAGACAUUUCAUAAAAAAACACUACGGAGUCCACCUUAAAUUAUUUUUCUAUUGACGAAAAGAACAUUUGGGCUCGCUUUGAUAACUUCACCUGAAAAUAGUUAAUAGUUCUAUCGAUACGUCCACAUCAAAGUGUAAAGGCCAUUUAUUGUAUUGCACACGCCGAUGUGAAGUUUGCUCACAAAAUAGCCUGGCGACGUUCCACCUAAAAUGGGCAAAAAUUAGGCAGCUGUUUGGUUAAAGAGGGACAAAAUCAAACACUCACUUAUUUUUCGAGACGAUUACAAACAUGCUAUGCAGGUGUCAAAUAUGAAAGAGAAACAUUACUCGACCCAAGUAUUGUUCAAAAAAAGUGUUCCAUUGUGAGGUAUUAGUGCUAAAUGCAGUGUUCCUCUUGAAGUCAAAAACAAACACAAGUACUGUGGUACCUCGGUUUUCCUUAGUAAUCCAACGAAAACCAAAGCAAUGUAAAUCCGAUGCGCUCCAGAUACGAAAAAUAUAAACAUAAAACACUUUUUAUGAAAAUAUUCUCGUUUUAAAUGCUUAAACGGUGAAAGAAAAUCUAUAACACUUAAUCAAAUAUUAUAUAUGUGUGUGUAUGUAUGUAUAUAUGAUAACAUUAUACAAAUGAAAUAUAUAUAUAUACAUAUAUAAGUAUAUAUAAUAAUAAAACAUAUGUAUACUUUUCAUAUAAUAUUAUAUAUGUAUGUAUAUAUAUAUGUGUAUAUGUAUGUAUAUAUAUAUAUAUUAGGGCUGCAACCAACAACUAAUUUGAUAAUCGAUUAAUCUGUCGAUUAUUACUUCGAUUAAUCGAUUAGUAAUCGGAUAAAAGAGACAAACUACAUUUCUAUCCUUUACAGUAUUUUAUUGAAAAAAAAAAUACUGGCACCAUACUUAUUUUGAUUAUUAUUUCUCAGCUAUUUGUAAAUGUUGCAGUUUAUAAAUACAGGUGUAUAAAAAUAAAAACAGUAGCCUCUGCGCAUGCGCAUAGCAUAGAUCCAACGAAUCGAUGACUAAAUUAAUCGCCAACUAUUUUUAUAAUCGAUUUUAAUCGAUUAGUUGUUGCAG